GUUUCAACAAUGCAUUUUCUACAUUUUUGGAUUUUUGAAAUUAUUUUAGUCUCAUCAACAAUAUUUGGACAAUAUUUUGACGUGACAACAUCAUCUUCUGAACGUUCAUCCGAUGAAGAAGAAAAGCUAAUUAGCGAUAUUUUUGAUAUUCCUACUGUAUCUAAUCCAGUAAUCGACACUGAAAAUGUUACGAAUAUUGGGAAUACAGGAGAUGUUGUUGGGAAUUGUAAAUGCUUACCAAAUGAACUAUGUGAAACAGCAUUUUUAAGGAUAAAAAAUCGGGAUGUUUGUAAAGUCAUCAGUGAUAUGCUCUGUUGUUCUUUAUUCAAUUCAUCGGAUACACCAUCUGCAUCGUUGACAGCUAUACCGAAACCUAAUCCAUUAAGUAUAGUCUCAAAACCUACGUGUGGCCAAACGAAUCCAAAUGGACUUGGUUUUGUACUAGAUGUAAAACCAUACGAAGCUAAGAAUGGUGAAUUCCCUUGGGUGGUUUCAAUAUUAACUGAAAUUUACAAGUACGACCAAAAGUAUAAUGUUUACAGAUGUGGUGGUUCUUUGAUACAUCCAAAAGUGAUUUUAACAUCCGCUGGAUGUGUUAAGGGUGUAGUUGAUGUUGAAUCAUUAUUAGUACGUGCUGGAGAUUGGGCAACCCAAGAACUGGACUUCAUGUAUCCACAUCAAGAUCGAAAAGUUGAAAAAAUUAUUAUACACGAUCGAUUCAAGCCGGAUAGACAUGGACAUGAUAUUGCAUUAUUGUUUUUAGAUUCUGAAUUCGAACUUACCGAGAAUAUACAAACAAUUUGUAUACAAAAAUUAAAUUUUAGUACAGUCGAUAUGACGAAAUGUAUCUUAAAUGGAUGGGGUAAAGAUACCUAUAAUGGACAAUAUUCACCGGUUUUGAAAAAGAUUGAUUUAAGUGUAAUGGAACGUAGCCAGUGUUUAUCAGCGUUAAAAAAUAAUCAAACGCAUCCUAUGAAGAAAUUAUCGCGUAGCGUAUUAUGUACAAACAAUAACUCAGAUUGGAACUUUUGUGUUGGCGAUGAAGGCAGUCCAUUAGUGUGUCCAAUUGGUGAUACGUAUUAUCAAGUUGGUGUUGCAUCCGCACAUUUUAAUUGUGGUGAAAAUAAGUUACCUAGUUUAUUUGCGAAUGUUUCUUUAUUUAAUAAUUGGAUACAUAACAGAAUUCGUAGUGAAAUCGGUCCUGUAAGAUUAUCCAAUUAAUAAAUAAAUAAAAAGACUCUAGUUACUUGAAUAAGUACAAAAAACAUAAUGGAUCGAGUGUGCCACAUUGUGCCAAAAGACCUUUUCAAUUUAAAAAACGAGUUUUUUAAAUUUGGGGCAGUAUCUCAGUGUCACAAAAAAAGUGCGGAUUACAUUUAGUGUUAUAUGUAAUCCGUGCAUUUUUUGUGACACUGAGAUACGUCAAGAAACGGAGUAUCUGAGAGGAGGCAGUACGCCAAAAAACUGAGAAUUUGAGUGAGAAGAUGCGAAUCGGUGUAAAAGGUCUAUUGGUAACAUAGGCAUAUUGUUAGUAAAUCCAUGAUCGACAAGGUGGACGCACCUUUUUUUACGUUGCCAAAUUUACGCGUAUAAUUUUAAGUGUGACUGAUAAUGACUUUAAUAUCUCGAUAUCGUAUUCAUAAUUAAAGGAUGUACGAUCAUUUUUGAACCAAGAAAUCAACCAUUUUUAGAAUUUUUAGUUACAAAAAUAAAUUUUUUGCUUAGCAGACAGUAGGAAUGCAAACUUGAUUUAAAGGUAUCAACCAUGCUAGUCAUUUUGAAAACGGUCUUACAUCCUUAAAUAAUUUUUAUUAUUUUAAUUUUUAUAUCUUAAUUUUAUUUUUUUAAAAGCAGUUUUGUAAAUUUGAACAUUUUUUGUAAAAUUUUGAGACAUGAUACAAUUUGCAAAUUUGAUAAAUAUCUAAAGCUUGGGAAAGUUAAAUAAUGGAAGAGUUAAUUGCUCUGAUCAAUGAUGCUGUUACUUUUUGCAAGUAGACAGUAUUAUUGAUUGUAGCCUUCAAUCUGAUCAGUAUUAUUGAUAAAGGAAUGUUAAUGCUAUUUUAAAACUCGUUAUCUAUUAAAGCCCCUAUAAGCCAUAGAAUAUGUUAA